CCCUCCCUUGGCCGACCUUUCUCAGGUUUGCCUUUUUAAUUUUCAGGGUUUCCUGUUCCGGAGGCGCGGACGGCGCCCCUGCUGUGGCGGCUGUGGCGGGACCCUGGCUCGGAUCUGACGGCGACCUCGCGGCUCCUCUGUAGGGUGCUCUGCAGAGGCUGUGAAGGAUACAGGAAUGGCUGUGAAUCAACCCACGUUAUCAAAGAGCUAAUAAUGUAGAGGAGGAAUUCGACAGCACACAUAUGACUAUAACAUGAGGCAGUUUCUGAAGUUAUAUUCUGUGUGGAAGAUGUGACAGAUCUAGAUAAUACAUCAUGAUGCAAGGCAAUACAUGUCAUAGAAUGCCGUUCCACCCAGGACGAGGGUGUCCCCGGGGACGAGGAGGACAUGGAGCCAGACCCUCAGCACCAGCCUUCAGGCCCCAAAAUUUGAGACUUCUUCACCCUCAGCAACCUCCUGUGCAAUAUCAAUAUGAUCCUCCAAGUGCCCCUUCCACCACAUUCUCGAACUCUCCAGCCCCGAAUUUUAUGCCUCCACGACCAGAUUUUGUACCCUUCCCCCCACCCAUACCACCAUCAGCACAAGGCCCUCUCCCACCCUGCCCAGUUAGGCCCCCUUUCCCCAACCACCAGAUGAGGCACCCUUUCCCGAUGCCUCCCUGUUUUCCACCUAUGCCCCCUCCAAUGCCUUGUCCUAAUAAUACCCCAGUCCCUGGGGUACCUCCUGGACAAGGCACUUUCCCCUUCAUGAUGCCCCCGCCCUCUAUGCCCCACCCUCCACCCCCUCCUGUGAUGCCCCAGCAGGUUAAUUAUCAGUAUCCUCCUGGGUACUCGCAUAGUUUCCCACCUCCCAAUUUUAAUAGUUUUCAGAACAACUCCAGUUCUUUCCCGUCCAGUGCUAAUAAUAGCAGUAGUCCUCAUUUUAGGCAUCUCCCUCCAUACCCACUCCCAAAGGCUCAGAGUGAGAGAAGGUCCCCAGAAAGACUCAAGCACUAUGAUGAUCACAGACACCGAGAUCACAGUCAUGGGCGAGGCGAGAGGCACAGGUCCCUGGAGCGCCGAGAGCGAGGCCGCAGCCCGGAAAGGAGAAGACCGGACAGUCGCUACAGAUCAGAUUAUGAUCGAGGGAGAACACCAACUCGACACCGCAGCUACGAGAGGAACAGAGAGCGGGAACGAGAGAGACACAGGCACCGGGACAGCCGAAGAUCACCGUCUCUGGAAAGGUCCUACAAAAAAGAGUAUAAGAGAUCUGGAAGGAGUUAUGGUUUGCCAGUUGUUCCUGAACCUGCUGGAUGCACACCAGAAUUACCUGGGGAGAUUAUUAAAAAUACAGAUUCUUGGGCCCCAUCCCCGGAGAUUAUGAAUCAUCACUCCCCAAGCAGGGAGAAGAAGAGAGCUCGCUGGGAGGAGGAAAAAGACAGAUGGAGUGAUAGCCAGAGCUCUGGCAAAGAGAAGAAUUAUACUUCCAUCAAAGAAAAAGAGCCAGAGGAGAUACCACCUGACAAAAACGAGGAGGAGGAGGAAGAACUUCUUAAGCCUGUGUGGAUUCGAUGUACCCAUUCAGAAAGUUACUACUCCAGCGACCCCAUGGAUCAGGUGGGAGAUUCUACUGUAGUUGGAACAAGUAGGCUCCGUGAUUUAUAUGACAAAUUUGAAGAAGAGUUGGGGAACAGGCAAGAAAAGGCCAAAGCCGCUAGGCCUCCAUGGGAACCUCCGAAGACAAAGCUGGAUGAAGAUUUAGAGAGUUCCAGUGAAUCUGAAUGCGAGUCUGAUGAGGAUAGCACCUGUUCUAGCAGCUCGGACUCGGAGGUUUUUGAUGUUAUUGCAGAGAUUAAACGCAAAAAGGCUCACCCUGACCGACUUCAUGAUGAACUUUGGUACAACGACCCGGGCCAGAUGAAUGAUGGACCACUUUGCAAAUGCAGUGCAAAAGCGAGACGCACAGGAAUUCGGCACAGCAUUUAUCCUGGAGAGGAGGCAAUCAAGCCCUGUCGUCCUAUGACCAACAAUGCUGGACGACUCUUCCACUAUCGGAUCACCGUCUCCCCUCCUACCAACUUUUUGACCGACAGGCCAACAGUUAUAGAAUAUGAUGAUCAUGAGUAUAUCUUUGAAGGAUUUUCCAUGUUUGCACAUGCCCCACUGACCAAUAUUCCACUGUGUAAAGUAAUUAGAUUCAACAUAGACUACACGAUUCAUUUCAUUGAAGAGAUGAUGCCUGAGAAUUUUUGUGUGAAAGGGCUUGAACUGUUUUCACUGUUCCUAUUCAGAGAUAUCUUGGAAUUAUAUGACUGGAAUCUUAAAGGUCCUUUGUUUGAAGACAGCCCUCCCUGCUGCCCAAGAUUUCAUUUCAUGCCACGCUUUGUAAGAUUUCUUCCAGGUAAUUUUUUUGCCUUGUCAGUGACCUGUUGUGUUCAUCAGCGGGCCAAGGAGGCUGUAAUUAAACCAAGCUCUGUCCGCAUCGAUCAACUGGAUCGUGAACAGUUCAACCCUGAUGUGAUUACUUUCCCAAUUAUCGUCCACUUUGGGAUACGCCCUGCACAGUUGAGUUAUGCAGGAGACCCACAGUACCAGAAACUAUGGAAGAGUUAUGUGAAACUUCGCCAUCUUCUAGCAAAUAGUCCCAAAGUCAAACAAACUGACAAGCAGAAGCUCGCACAGAGGGAGGAAGCACUCCAAAAAAUACGACAGAAGAAUACAAUGAGACGAGAGGUAACAGUGGAGCUAAGCAGCCAAGGAUUCUGGAAAACCGGCAUUCGUUCUGAUGUCUGUCAGCAUGCAAUGAUGCUGCCAGUUCUGACCCAUCAUAUCCGCUACCACCAGUGCCUAAUGCACCUGGACAAGUUGAUAGGAUAUACUUUCCAAGAUCGCUGUCUGCUACAGCUGGCCAUGACUCAUCCAAGUCAUCAUUUAAAUUUUGGAAUGAAUCCUGAUCAUGCCCGGAAUUCUCUGUCUAAUUGUGGAAUUCGACAGCCAAAAUAUGGAGAUAGAAAAGUUCAUCACAUGCACAUGCGAAAAAAAGGAAUUAACACCCUUAUAAAUAUUAUGUCACGCCUUGGCCAAGAUGAUCCAACUCCUUCAAGGAUUAAUCACAAUGAAAGGUUGGAGUUCCUGGGUGAUGCUGUUGUUGAGUUUCUGACCAGUGUGCAUCUGUACUAUUUGUUUCCUAGUCUGGAAGAAGGAGGCUUAGCAACCUAUCGGACCGCCAUUGUUCAGAAUCAGCACCUCGCCAUGCUUGCAAAGAAACUUGAACUGGAUCGAUUUAUGCUGUAUGCUCAUGGACCUGACCUGUGUAGAGAAUCAGACCUCCGUCAUGCAAUGGCCAAUUGUUUUGAGGCAUUGAUAGGAGCUGUUUACUUGGAGGGAAGCCUGGAGGAAGCCAAACAGUUAUUUGGACGCUUGCUCUUUAAUGAUCCGGACCUGCGAGAAGUCUGGCUCAAUUAUCCUCUCCACCCACUCCAACUGCAAGAGCCAAAUACAGAUCGACAACUUAUUGAAACUUCUCCAGUUCUACAGAAACUUACUGAGUUUGAAGAAGCAAUUGGUGUAAUUUUUACUCAUGUUCGACUUCUGGCCAGGGCAUUCACAUUGAGAACUGUGGGAUUCAAUCAUCUGACCCUAGGCCACAAUCAGAGGAUGGAGUUUCUAGGUGAUUCCAUCAUGCAGCUAGUAGCCACAGAGUACUUAUUCAUUCAUUUCCCAGACCACCAUGAAGGACACUUAACUUUGUUACGAAGUUCUUUAGUGAAUAACAGAACUCAAGCCAAGGUGGCAGAGGAGCUGGGCAUGCAAGAGUACGCCAUCACCAACGACAAAACCAAGAGGCCUGUGGCCCUGAGGACCAAGACGUUGGCAGACCUUCUGGAAUCGUUCAUUGCAGCAUUGUACAUUGAUAAGGAUCUGGAAUAUGUUCACACUUUCAUGAAUGUCUGUUUCUUUCCACGAUUAAAAGAGUUCAUUCUGAAUCAAGAUUGGAAUGACCCCAAGUCCCAGCUGCAGCAGUGUUGCUUGACCCUUAGGACGGAAGGAAAAGAGCCAGACAUUCCUUUAUAUAAAACUCUGCAGACAGUGGGGCCAUCCCAUGCUAGAACCUACACUGUGGCUGUUUAUUUCAAGGGAGAAAGGAUAGGCUGUGGGAAAGGACCGAGUAUUCAACAGGCAGAAAUGGGAGCAGCAAUGGAUGCACUUGAAAAAUAUAACUUUCCCCAGAUGGCCCAUCAGAAGCGGUUCAUUGAACGGAAAUACAGACAAGAGUUAAAAGAAAUGAGGUGGGAAAGAGAGCAUCAGGAGAGAGAGCCAGAUGAGGCUGAAGACAUAAAGAAGUGAAGGAGGGCACGGAAGUGGUGGUGUAUUUACUUGCCUAAUAACUGUGACUAUUGCCCGUCGAGACCUAGCCUAGUUUUCCUUCAGACAAUGAAUGAAGUGUGUCCAUUGAAAUAAAACAAAGUCAAACUGCUAUUGUUGUUUUACUGAUCUAAUAUUCUGCUUCUAGAUAGGUGGUCUUUAUUACAAAGUAUUUGAUUUUGCUUCUGUUUAAUGGAAAAACUUCACUUUGGUGGAUAUGCAUUAUUCCCUUUUAUUUUGUUCUUUAAACAAUAAAAUUCAAGAAUUCAUAGUGA